UUCUUUCCCUUGCAGAUCGGGUUCUACUUUGCUUGGCUGGGGUUCUACACAUGGAUGUUGUUUCCCGCGGCGAUCCUCGGCCUGGUGGUGUUCAUCUACGGGAUCGUCACCAUGUGGUGGGAAAACCAAGUCAGCGACGAGAUCUGCAACGACUACUUCAACCUGACCAUGUGCCCGCUGUGUGACAAGUUCUGUGGUUACUGGAGUCUGGGGGAAAGCUGUCAGUCUGCGAUGGCAUCUCACCUGUUUGACAACCCGGCGACGGUGUUCUUUGCCAUCUUCAUGUCGCUGUGGUCGACGAUGUUCCUGGAACUGUGGAAGCGGCGCCGCCAUGCGCUGCAGUACCUCUGGGACCUGCAGACCUUCCGCCAGGAGGAGGAGAGACCCCGGCCACAGUUCGAGGCUCAAGUCCGACACACCAAGAGGAACUGGAUCACCCAAGAGGACGAACCGUGGCUGCCCUUCAUCUACCGUAUCCCACGCUACAUGCUGUCUGCUGUGUUGGUACUAUUUGCUAUCGCCCUGGCGGUCGGCGCCGUGUUUGGCGUCAUCAUGUACCGGGUGUCCGUCCAGGCGUCCCUCGCCCUGAACAGGAACGAGCUCAUCGCAACCAAUGCCAACCUGGUAACCACGGCAACCGCCGCCACCAUCAACCUGACCAUCAUCCUCCUCCUGAACAUGAUCUACAGCCACAUCGCUGAGUACCUCACGGAACUGGAGCAGCCAAGAACGGAGACGGAGUUCGACGAUAGCUUCACUUUCAAGAUGUUCCUGUUGCAGUUUGUCAACUACUACUCCGCCAUUUUCUACAUCGCGUUCUUCAAAGGGCGCCUGAUCGGCCGGCCGGGGAAAUACGUGUACACACUGGGGUACCGCCAGGAGGAGUGCUCGCCCAGCGGUUGUUUGGUGGAGCUGUGUAUGCAGCUUGGCAUCACCAUGGCAGGCAGUCAGCUCGUCGCAAAUAACCUCAGGGAGAUAUUCCUGCCUAAGAUCCUGGUGUGGCUGAAUUUCCGCUGGCUGAUCCAGGCCAUGGCAGGAAAGUCUGAGGAGGAGAGGAAGAAGACCGGCCUGUCCACGAUGGGAACUGGACUAUCUCCAUGUGGACAUCGGCCCCAGGGGACUGUUCUUCGACCAGAAAUUUCCAAGGUCCAAGACGAUGAGGUAGGCGAUGGGACCACGUCUGUUACCGUGCUUGCCUGUGAGUUACUGAAGGAAGCGGAGAAGCUUGUCGCCCAGAAGAUCCAUCCACAGACCAUCGUCGCUGGAUAUCGCCGAGCUACGGACGUCGCUAGGGCAGCGCUACAAGAUGCUUCAAUAGACCACGGGAAUGAACCAGAGAAGUUCCGUGAGGACUUGAUGAACAUCGCCCGCACGACCCUCGGGUCUAAGAUCCUGACUCAGUACAAGGAGCACUUCUCUAAGUUAUCAGUGGAUGCUGUACUUAGACUUAAGGGUUCCACAUCUCUUGACGCUAUAAAGAUCAUUAAGAUCCCCGGUGGUGGACUGGUCGACUCCUACCUGGAUGAAGGGUUCCUGUUGCAGAAGAAGCCAGGCGUGAACCAGCCCAAGCGGGUGGAGAAUGCCCGCAUCCUCAUCGGUAACACUUCCAUGGAUGCUGACAAGAUCAAGGUGUUUGGGUCUCGAGUGCGUGUGGACUCGGUGGCUAAGGUUGCAGAACUGGAGCUGGCGGAGAAGGAGAAGAUGAAGGAGAAAGUUGGGAGGAUCCUCAAGCACAACAUCAAUGUCUUCAUCAACAGACAAGUGGACUAA